CACCACUUCUGUCUGUAUCAACCAGUGCGGCUGACAAGCCCUUCCUGCAGUACACACCGGGGGAUGUCUGUGCCGUGCUGCCCAGCAAUCCACCGGAGCUUGUUGAUUGGUUCUUAGGGUAUCUAAAUUUAGACGGCCAAUCAGAAUUCAUCCUGACUGCGGGCGAUCCCAAGGAUGUGCAUCUCAACUUUCCACCAGUGCACAGACUCCCCGAUGGCGUCAACGUGCGUAACCUGUUGACUCAUUAUCUGGAUCUACACGCAAGGCCGCGAGGGAG